AUGAGUAAACGUGCACGACAAGACAACCCCGAUGAACCCGUUGAGGUUCACGACAGCGGGUUUAUGACACCGAUGAUUAUGUUUCCAACAUUUCCGCACAAUGAUACGUUUGUUGAUAAUCGUACGCUACAGGUUAAUGCUACACCUGUUGACAGUAACGCAGAUGUAUAUACAUUUAUACAUCACAAACAAGAAUAUGGAAUUAUGAAUCUUCAAGAUGCAACAAUCUCCGCUACCAUAUCAUUGAAAGAUCGGAACAACAAUGAUUUGGCUAACGACCAAAAUGUUUCGCUGAAUAUGCUGUUACGUAUGUUUUGGAAAACAAAGGAAAUUUUAAUAAACGAUCAACGUAUCAAUAGCGUGACGUCCCAAGAAAAUGAAUUGGUCUAUAUUAGCCAUUUACUUCGAGAAGUACCUACAGGGUAUAAACCUGGGCAAGAUAUCAAUUUAUGUAUCCAUUCUACCCGGCUCAUUUUGAUACUCGUACAAAUGUUCACAAUGGCACAGUGGGUAAUGUUAAUAAGGGAGCGAGAAAUCGUUAUCUGGCGUGCAAUCAGACUACCCCACUUGAAUGUUAUGAUUCAAUUGAUAUCAUGGGUGACAAUAAACGUUUUGUACCCACAUCAUUUGAAAUCAAGGUAAUUUUACAGCAUUUAGAGAAAAAUAAAUGUUUGUUUGGGGCUGAUGCUCAAUGUCAGGCGGCAUUUAUUCAUUAUGAUAAUUUACAAAUCAGAAUUCCGGCUAUGAAACCAAAGUUGCAAUUAACCCAAGCAAUCAAUCAAACAAUGAUUCAGAAUGGUGAAGAAUGCAAAUACUAUAUCACAUCGUAUCGUUAUGUUCCCACACCGGUGGCUGCGGGUACAAGCCGCACAAUAUUAAAUGAUAUUUUUGCAGGUUCCAGACCGUCGCGUGUUAUGACUUAUUUAAGAACGCAAACAUGUUACAAUGGUUCGCAUAUCCUUGAUCCAAUUUUAAUUCCUUUUCCCAAUUUGGAAUUUUUUGGCAUCAAAAUUAAUGAUGCCUAUGUGAAUCCGUGUGUAGAAAAUUCAUGUGAAGCAUAUACAAAUUUGCGACGCGUUUUAAAUCGUUGUUAUGAUGAAAUGCCAUUUUCGCAUGCAGAUUACCAAACCAGUUAUGGUAUUAUAGUAACUGAUUUAUCGCCAAAUAAAGACAGUUACAAUCAAGUGUUACCCAAUUCAACCAGCGGUGUGGUGAGCUUAGAAAUGCGUUUAUCUCAGAAUUUGACAGCGAAUAGCCAACUUAUUAAUAUUGGUGAAUUUAGAAAUCAACUUUCAGUUGGUUAUCAGAUGCAGGCGAGGUUAAAAUACGAUUUUUAG